UGCCAGUCUGUUAACAUAAAAAAAAUCCACAACACGGAAGUGUCAAGAUGGCUCCCAGCGGACUGAAAGCGGUAGUCGGAGAGAAAAUCCUGAAUGGAGUUAUCAAAAGUGUGAAGAAGGAUGGAGAAUGGAAGGUGCUCAUUGUGGACCACAUUAGCAUGCGGAUCCUGUCCUCGUGCUGUAAGAUGUCCGACAUCAUGGCGGAGGGGGUGACUAUUGUGGAGGACAUCAACAAGCGCAGGGAGCCCAUCUCCAGUCUGGAGGCCAUUUAUCUGAUCUCUCCUUCAGAAAAAUCUGUUCAUGCUCUCAUCAAUGACUUCAAAGAGACAGCUUUCACCUACAAAGCGGCUCACAUUUUCUUCACAGACAAUUGCCCAGAUAAUCUGUUUGCUGAGAUCGGGAGGUCCAGAGUUGCCCGUGUCAUCAAGACUCUGAAGGAGAUCAACGUGGCUUUCCUUCCCUAUGAGUCCCAGGUCUUUUCAUUGGACGAUCCCAGCUCCAUGCACUCGUUCUACAGUCCUGUUGCCGAGGGCGACAAAAGCAAGAUGAUAGAGACUCUGGCGGAGCAGAUCGCCACCCUGUGUGACACCCUGAAGGAGUACCCUGCCAUCCGCUACCACAGGGCUUCUGAGGAGACGGCCAGACUGGCUGAAGAGGUGUAUCAGCGUCUGAUUGCUCACAAAGCAGACAACCCCAGUAUGGGUGAGGGUCCCGACAAGAACCGGUCCCAGUUGUUGAUUGUGGACCGUGGCUUUGACCCAAUCUCCCCCAUUCUGCACGAGCUGACCUUCCAGGCUAUGGUGUAUGACCUUCUGGACAUCAAACAGGACAUCUACAGGUAUCAGUCAACUGGAAUCGGGGACUCCAGGGAGAAGGAGGUUCUCCUGGACGAAGAUGAUGAGCUGUGGAUCGAGCUGAGACACAUGCACAUAGCUGAUGUCACCAAGAAAGUGACGGAGCUGCUCCGUGUUUUCUGUGAGAGUAAGCGGAUGAGCACUGAUAAGGCCAACAUAAAAGACCUGUCCCAGAUGCUCAAGAAGAUGCCACAAUAUCAGAAGGAGCUCAGUUUGUACUCCACCCACCUGCACCUAGCCGAGGCCUGUAUGAAGAGAUACAAAGCGUCUGUGGACAAACUGUGUGAAGUGGAGCAGGACCUUGCCAUGGGCAGUAAUGCUAUGGGUGAACCUCUGAAGGAUGCCAUGAAGAGCAUCGUCCCUGUACUUCUUAACACUGACAUCCAGCCCUACGACAAGAUUCGCAUCAUACUGCUCUACAUCUUCCACAAAAAGAACGGCAUUGGAGAGGAGAACCUGACCAAGCUCAUCCAGCAUGCUAACGUGCAGGCAGACAGCAACAUUAUCACCAACCUGCAGCACCUGGGCUGCCAAAUAAUCGCUGGGGGUCCUAAUUCUGGGAAAACACUGCCUGAGAAGAAGGUGCGCACAGACACCUCUUAUGAACUCUCCCGGUGGACACCCACCAUGAAAGAUGUGAUGGAGAAUGCCAUAGAAGACAAGCUGGACAGGAAGCAGUGGCCGUUCAUUGCUGACCCUGCCCCCAUCAACACCACUCAGACAACAGUCAGCAGUGCACGUUUUGGACACUGGCACAAGAACAAGCCUCCUACGGAGUAUCGCACCGGACCUCGCCUCAUUAUCUUCGUCAUUGGAGGCAUGACCCACUCAGAGAUGCGCUCCGCCUAUGAGGUCACUCGAGCCACCGAUGGAAAAUGGGAGGUCCUGAUUGGUUCCUCCCACAUUGUCACACCCACCAGCUUCCUGAGUGACCUGAAGAAGCUGGAUCAGGUUUUAACUCCUUAAUGUUUGGUUAAAAAAAAACUCUACUCUGGUCUGACUGGUAGGGUGCUGGUCUGCGUCUGCUGGGAUAAUGGCUCUGAACACACACACCUGGGUUCAAAUUGUUUGUUUUGUUUUAAAUGUGUUUUGAUUGUGCCUGCUGGAAGUGCAUGAUGGGUGUUGUUUGCAAACAUGUUUGAAUACUCUGAUUCUAUGGGCUCAGGCAAGCUACAUUAUGCGCAGUUAAGUAUUUUAAAUAAAGCAGGUGUUUGAGUCCAGGUUCUUUUGAGAUGAUUGGGUACUGAUUCUUUGUUGUAGUGUUUAAGAUGACUGUAAAACAAUAACAUUUUUAGAUAUUAUAACUCAAGAACAGUAGCUUGUGAUUCUCAAUCUUUUUAGAAUGUAUCUCAUUUUUAAUUAUGCUUAAUUAAACAAAUUAUGUAUAUACGUAUAAUGUAAUGCUGCAAUUAUACUUGCUCAGAAUAUUUAAUUUAAACAGUCUAUAUUAUGGAAAUGUUUUGAAACUGUGUAUGUGCCUUCUACUGUAAUUGAGUUUCAAACAUGUGAAUUGUAAUUCUUUUCCUUAACAUUCACCUUUCACUUUUUUCUAUGGCAUAAGUGGUGAUCUCUGCUCUCAGGUUGUUUAUACCUGUCCAGAACUUCAUGCCUACAAUUCCUCACGUAGUAAAUUACCUCAGUUGUUUCAGUCAGAAGAUCAGAAAAAGUUCAAGCUUUCUUCCCAAUGGCAAGUGUUCGCCUGAAGGAAUCUGGAAUCUACUGCCUUAACAUGACCAACAGCCAACACCAAAGAGGCUGUGUCCAUAGACAUGGUUAGAGGACUUUAACUGGGAGAAACAUGCAUGGACAAUGCCAUUGAAGGCAUUCACCUUUUUCUUGUGUAGUCAAGUUGGUGAGAGUUUGAACUUAAUUGGCAGACCUUUACUGAAAGGCCUAGUGGGAGUCAUGUCCACCCGUGGGAUCGCUAGGGAUCAGACCGUCUAGUUGACUCCAUAAUGCAAACAUUUUUAUAAUGAGACUAGUCUUCUAUCUCUGUGGCUGCAACUCCGCAGUCUAAGAUGGCUUCCUCCCCUUUUGCCCUGUCUUUCCUCUGCAACUAAAUGAUAAGUACAACGCAGGUCAAAGCAGUUUAUCCGGCAACACAUUUCCUGUUGGAAAACUGUUUUCGUCAGCUCUUUUCCUCUAUGGUUAGUGCAGAUUAAGGAAGAUCUGAAGAGAAGUGGUAACUAUAUCGAUUGUGGAGAUGUAGUCUGUGUUGGGAGCCUUAUUUCCACUGUGUGCCUUCCAUGCGGUGUUACAUUACACUCUGAAUGUCUUUCAAUAUUUUAGGAUGUCUCCCCCUGAAAUCAUGCACUUUUAUGAUCAACAAUUAUAUAUUUUAUAAAGAAAGGGAUGAGGUAUGUCUGGGACUUUGCCUUUGUAUUUUGGUCAAAAUUAUUAAUAAAAUGUUCGCAUACUUGG